AACCAACGCUGCGCAGAUUGAUACCUUUCUUCUAAGCAGCCCACGACUUUGAUUUCCAGCACUUAUAUCGCAACUUCUCCAAAGACUACGCGGUUCUUGAGACUCAACCUCUGUGUACCAUGGCUGCUCGACCCGCGGUCCGCCGCGACCGCGGCAACGUUGAUUAUUCCGCCAUUGGGAAGCUGGGAAGACGCACCGGAGUUACGCUCGAUCAUCGACCGCUGGACGCGAAUGGCAUGGAGGAAAUCUCGGGCAUCUUCUCAUCCCCGCGCAAGCCCUCGCCGUUAAAGAACGUGAUGAUCGUGGAGAGUGUGGAGGGACCCAGUACAUUGGCCGAGUCGCCACAGAUGUCGAGCCCCAACAGUCCAGGUCCUACUCCCAGUCAAGCUCUGUCGUCUCGCAGGAAGAGCCGCGCAACGCCUAUUCCCCCUCCCAGAUCAUCGUCGCCGAGGAAAAGCGGUAUUAGUGGCACCGCAAGGAAGAGCAAUGGCGUUGAUAUAUUCUCUAUGCGGAAGAGUUUGCAGCCCCCGAAUGUUGAGGAUCACGAAAACUUCGCGGAACCAACGCCGACUCGAAGCCAACCGCAUCUGGCCCCUAGAAAUUUCAGCCCAAGUCCAGAGAGGCCACCACUACGAGACAUUACUACACCUGUUUCACACAAAACCCGGAAACCGAGACCCAGUCGCGAAAUGCAACGAAUCGAAAAUGAAGUAUACGCGUCUACCGAGGACGAGGUCUUUGACCCGUACCAACAAACAAUCGAAGAAGCGGAGGUGUCACCACUUGUUAAUGCUGACGUUGUGCCAUCUGUUGAGCAGACAGAAACCCCUCCAGCCCUUGCAGAAAGACAACUUUCCCCAGAGGACGUUGAUGCAUAUGUCGGGUUUGAUGGCGAAGGAGCAGACCAAGAUCAGGACCCUGAAAUAGCGCUGUCUGAAGUGGCACAGAACAAAGCCAAUUCCACAAAGAAACGGAAAUCGGAUGUACUUGAAGAGAGCAAUAGCGCACCAUCACGAGUACCAAAGAAAGCGCGCAAAAAGCAGGGACGAGUUCCCGCUCGUAAAGAGGCAGUCCAGCCUCCUUCAAGCCCAAAUCGCAUAUCGGUAGAAGCAGAGGCAGGCGCACACACACAGCAACCACCAAAGCAACCACUAAGGAAUAAGGAUACGAAUCUCAAAUUGUCAUCACGACAACAAAAGGAGCUCGACGAGAUCGUUGAAAGAGUAAAAGCAAGGCCGGGCCCACCGAGAUCACUCUACAUUCUGCGCAGAGAAACUCCCACGGACGACAGUGUCAGGCAUACCAGAAGUGGCCGGGCCAGUGUAAAACCAUUGGCAUAUUGGCGGAACGAGCGAUGUGUCUAUGGCGCGAGUCCCGGUGGCGGCAGUCUAGCGGACGGCGCCAGGUUUCCUUUGAACAGCAUCAAGGAGAUUGUGCGGAUCGAGGAGAUUGAGCCGAACAUUGGAAGGAAGAAAUCAAAGACCAAAAAGAAGAAUGGAAAGGGCAGGGGCAAGGGACCGCAAAGACCAGUGGAAGAAUCCGAGGAGUCGGAUUCAGAGUUCGACAUGGACGAGAUUCCCGACGAUCCAGAUGCCGAACCCUGGGAGACUGGGACUGGCACGCUUCGCGGGAAUGUCUCCAUUUGGGACAACGAAGAACAGGCACCCACGGAACUGGAGGAGGAAGUCGAAAUCGCCCAUGCACCCGCGGCGAUCAAGACGCGCGAAGUUAAGGGCUCGAGCUUCCAUGACGGUCCCACGUUUCGGUACGCAAAGAUACUGUCCACCAAGUUCUUCGGUACGGGACUUGUGGAUCUACCGCCUGGCGGAGUGAAACGGCCGAAGAACAGUCGGAAAAUGCACAUGAGCUUCUUCGUCGUCAAAGGGAGGGUCACUGUGACGGUGGGUCCAGCGGGUGGUGAGGAGACAGGAAGCAUGAACCGGUUCAGCAUUGGGAAGGGAGGCUUUUGGCAGGUUCCCAGAGGCAAUCAAUACUCGAUCGAGAACGAAAUGGAGAAGCCGGCCCGGAUAUUCUUCAGUCAGGGCUGUGAGCCUCCUCCGGUCGAGGAACAGGCUUGAUCUUGCCUGUGUGAAGCUAUCUAUUUGGAAUGAUUAGAUGUCUCUCUGUCGAGGCACUGGACCAUACACUGGACACUGUUCAGGCAAUCAGAGUUAACGACUAAGAUAUACUUUUGGAGCAUGACUCUCUUGCAAAACGCGAGGGCUCUGAAAAGGGGUUCUCAAUUUCGCAAGCCACAAGUGC